AUGUUCGGAUUUGUCUAUUGUAAUGCAUCAAUAUUAGCUCGACAAAAUACUGAUCCAAAUCUAUAUUUUGUUCGAACAUUAACAAAACAUUGGCUUUGGCCUAUUAUAACAUUUUUUGGUGUAACUGGUAAUAUUCUAGCAAUUAUUGUUUUAACAAAACGUCGUAUGAUAAUGUCAUCAACAAAUAAUUAUUUAGUUGCUUUAGCUAUUGUUGAUAUUGCUUAUCUAUUAUUAACACUUAUUAUAAAUACAUUACAAAAUCCUUGUUUUAAAGAUACAUCAUUAACAGAAAUAAUUUUAACAAUAAGUCGACCAAUAGUAGAUUUUUCAUCAAAUUCAAGUGUUUGGUUAACUGUUACAUUUACAGUUGAACGUUGGGUUGCUAUAACAUAUCCAUUACAAAGUCGUACAUGGUGUACAGUAUAUCGAGCACGAAAAAUAAUUUUAAGCGUUUUAUGUGCAUCACUUAUAUGUACAUUACCAUCAGCAUUUGAAAUGAAACUUGAACGAAUAAUUGAAAAAAAAAAUAUAUCAAAUACAAUUAUUUAUACAAGUUAUAUUAAAGCUACACCAACUGCAUUAGGAAAUAGUUUACUUUAUCAUCAAAUCUAUUUUAAUUUUGUUACAUUUGCUAUUAUUUGGAUUCCAUUGUUGCUUCUUAUAAUAUUCAAUACAAUUCUUAUUUCUUAUGUUCGUCGUUCAAAACAAGAUCAACGUCAAAAUCGUGAAGGUAUUCUAUUACGUCGACAUAAUCGAGGAAAUCAUAGUGAACAAAGAAAAACAACAAUUAUGUUAAUCGCUGUUGUUAUUGUUUUUACUGUUUGUCAAAUUCCUCAAGCAAUAUCUUUAACAGUUCAAUCAAUUUUUCCUGUAUCAGCUCAAACAUCCGAAGUUCUUAUUUAUAAUAAUUUUGCAAAUUGUUUCGUAGCUAUAAAUGCUUCAUCUAAUUUUCUAUUAUAUUGUUGUUUUUCUGAUCGAUUUCGUUCAAUAUUUCGUUCAAAUUUUACAUUUUUAAAUAAAUAUUGUGUAUAUUUUAUUCAACCAAAAUUUCGAAUAACAAGAACUCAUCAACGACGUAUUAAUUCAAAUUCACUUGAUAAUAUUUCAUUAACAAAUCAAUCAUUUUAUUCUUUACAUGGAAAUCAAUAUCAUACACGUGUAUCAAAUUUAAGUAUUGAUAUGAAUUCAAAAUAUUUUCAUCCUAUUAAUCAAAGACAAUCACAUAGAAUUGAUGAUAAUGUACAAUCAUGGUUUGUUACUCAUUUAUCAAAUUUAUCAUUAAAAUUAAAAUCAACAAAACGAAAUAAUAUUAAAUUACGUGAAAUAAAUUUUUCUCAAAGUACAGAAUCGUAUGUAAGUUCUCCAACAAUUAGUAUGAUAAGAAAUCCAUCAAUGUUAAUUCAACAAAAACGUACAUCAAAUAUAUCAACAGGUGAUGAUCAAACAUUAAGAUUAUCGGUUGAUGAAACAAUAUCAAAACGUAUAGCUAAAACAGAAAAAUUAUCUUUAACUUCAUCAAAACGACAAUCAUCAUGUGUUUGUGAAUCGAAUCAAUCAAGUUUAAAAUCAAUACCAAAUUCAAAAACUUCUUCAUAUCAUUCAUUAAUAGAUAAUAAUCAAAAUCAAGAACAUAUAUGGAUAAAACGUCAUCGAUCUAAUAGUGUAAAUGAACAAUUAUUAUGUCAACAAAAUAUAACUAAUUCAACAGAAAUUCUUGAUGUUACUGUAUAA